AUGGACAUGCUAGAGGACCUUGAGUCCCUGCAGUUUGAGUCUGGGGUUACAGAGGAAGAUCGAUCCUGGCUGUAUUUGCAGGGCCGUUCUCGGGGACUGACAGUCGAAGCCUGUGCCCAUGCAAUCUUCUUCUGCAAACUAGUCCAUAAGUUGAGAGAAUCAUUAAAUGGGAAUCAAAGCUUCCGAGGCCUCCCGAUUGGAUCACUUAAUGUGGCCCCUGAGGAACACGAAGAGUUAAAGGUGGGCAUCAUUGGAGGUGGCCACCUUGGGAAGCAGCUGGCUCGGGUACUGCUGCAGCUCGUCCCUCUCCCUGCCGAGAGCCUGCGGAUCUCCACUCGGAGGCCAGAGGCCCUGGUUGAAUUCCAGAAACAGGGGGUCCGCUGCUUUUACCACAACUCGGGUCUGGUGGGCUGGGCCAACGUGGUGUUCCUCUGCUGCCUGCCAUCUCAGCUGCCUAACAUCUGCAUAGAAAUUCAGAACAGCAUCAGCAAGGCCUGCAUUGUGUUCAGCUUUGUCGCUGCCAUCCCACUACCCAGAUUAAAACUGCUGCUGAACAAGACCAACAUCUUGCGGCCUCAGUAUCACUAUCAUUAUGCCAAAGAUGGUGUCAACAUCUGGGGCGCCAAAAAGGAAAUCACAGCUGUGCUCCAAGACCCUGUGAUUCUUCAGGCUACCUGCCCCUACAGUGCUGCUGGGGGAAUUCGCCUCAAUAUCAAAUGGUUGGAGGGAGUGUUCUACGCAGCCCUAAACAUAUGCACAGAGAAAAACGUGGCCCACUCCAAAGCGAUGCUGCUUAUGAAUGAGCUCUUUCUGUCCGUGCACUUCCAAGGCUGUGGGGAAGACACAAGUUCUUGCCCCAAGUUUCAGUUAACGGAUGUUGUCAGCAAAGACUAUGUCAAGAACUUGUCUGGGAACAGGCCUUUCCCCUGGUUUGAGCUGACUACCGUACAACUCAGAGAAACUCCCUUCAGCCAGUGUCUCUCAGCCAGUACUGUCAUCCAAGACCACCUUACUCAUCUAUACUGUGAUUCAUUUGGCAUCUCCCCAAACAAAGAAGAGCCAGAAGUUUCCACAGGCCUUCCAUCCCAGUAAGAGACCUCAGGAAUCAGAACUUUUUCCCUUAAGGUUUGUUUACCGAUUGUUGGACCCUGAUUAUCAAAAUUUACUGUGGAAAUCAUGUGGCUGUAUUAUGUUUAAAAAUUGUAAUUGCUGGCUCUUUAAAAUGUAACA